AAAAUUUCAAAAUAAAGACCAAGUAUGUAGUUUAUAUUAAAAAUUGUUGUAAAGUUAAAUAUUAAAUGUUUUAUUUGAUUAAUUUAAUUAAUUUAAACACUUUUUAACUGACUGAAAAAUUUAAAACCAAAAAUGAGUGAUGAGUACUUAUUAUUAUUUCACAAAGACGAUCUAAUAGAAAUUCUCAGCAGCAAAGACCACACCAAGCACUACUCCAUAAACAUAAACUUUAUUGAACUAUACGAACACGAUGACGAAUUAGCUAGAGCCAUAUUAAACGAUCCAGACUCGAACAUAGAGGCCUGGGACAAUGCUGCAGUUCGAACACAAAUGUCUCUUUUGAAAGAGUUGGACAAGAAGGUUGAAAUCAAGCCUAAUGUGCAUUGUAGGAUAUUUCACUUAGCACAUUUAGCUUGGAAGUCAGCAUUCCCAGGAGCCAGAGAUGAAGGAACAUUUUUGCAAAUAUCUGGUACCGUUAUGCGAAUCACCGCUGCGAAGUUGCUUGAAUACCAAAGAAGUUACGUUUGUGUUACAUGUAAAAGAUCAACUUUAGUAAAGGCUGAUUACGGUAGAAAAUACAUGAUAAAGCAGCCUACCCAUUGCAAGAAUCCUGAAGGUUGUCCAGGAACCAAUUUGGUUCAUUUUGGUGAUAUAGACAGCGAGAAUUGUAAAGAUUACCAAGAGAUUAAGAUCCAGGAGCAGGUGAAGAAGCUGGGUUUGGGAUCUGUGCCCAGUACGAUGUGGGUGACUUUGGAAGAUGAUUUAGUAGAUUGUUGUCAGCCUGGAGAUGAUGUAACGAUAUGUGGUAUUCUAAAAAAACGAUAUGGGGAGUUCUGUGUUGGUAAACGAACUGAAGUCGACCUUGUGUUCAAAGCCAACCACAUCCAAGUAGAUUCUCAUAGUUUUGUCCACAUAUCCAAUCCAGAAAGUGACAAUAUAUUCAACAACUUUUGGGAACAAUAUAAAGAUGAUCCUCUAGAAGGAAGAGACGUGAUCCUCAAAUCGAUUUGUCCUGAGAUUUACGGCCUGUAUCCUGUUAAACUGGCUAUGGCCACUGUGUUAGCAGGUGGGUGCUCCAUAGAAGACACUACCGCUACUGGAGUGAGGACCAGGUCGGAAGCUCAUUUGCUACUUGUUGGGGAUCCUGGUACGGGAAAAUCACAGUUAUUACGGUUUGCUUCGAAAGUUGUUCCAAGAGCUGUGUUAACUACAGGAAUUGGAUCUACUGCUGCAGGUUUGACAGUAACUGCUAAGAUGGAACAAGGCGAAUGGCAUCUGGAAGCAGGCGCUCUGGUAAUGGCCGACGGCGGAAUCUGUUGCAUAGACGAAUUCAACUCGAUGAAAGAACACGACCGAACAACCAUACACGAAGCCAUGGAACAGCAAACUAUAAGUGUCGCCAAAGCCAGCAUGGUGUGCAAGCUCAACACCCGUUGUUCCAUACUAGCAGCUUGUAAUCCCAAAGGCAACAUCGAUCCGACUCAAACCAUGUCUAUGAACAUAGCUUUACCGAGUCCUCUACUGAGUCGUUUUGAUUUGGUGAUGCUUUUGAGGGAUACAGUAAACCAAGAGUGGGAUGAAUUGGUUAUUGAUUAUAUCCUAAACGGAGGAAACAUUUCGAAUUUGACCAGCUCUUCAAUUUGGCCGGUCAAAAAUCUUCAAGCCUACUUCAAAAGAAUAAAAAAGCUUCAGCCUAAGUUGACAGAAGACGCCGAAUUGAUUUUGAGCACGUAUUAUAACAUUCAGAGAAGGUUAGAUUCGAGAAAUAAGGCAAGAACCACUGUUAGGCUACUGGAAAGUUUAGUACGAAUAUCUCAAGGUCACGCGAGGGUCAUGAACCACGAAAAAGUCCAAGUAAUCGACAGCAUUUAUGCCAUAUUUCUUAUCGACAUUUCAAUGGACCUAGAGUCGUCAGUAUUGAACCUGAAGACUUCAGCUAACAGUGUCUUUCCUGAAAACCCUAAAAUAGUGUACAAAAAUCUGUUAGAGUCGAUUUUAAACAAACUACAACUUGAAAAUAUUCUUGAAAAGGAGUUAAAGGUAUUAAAUAUUACCAAAGAACAGCAAAUACAGUCGCGGUUUUUUGCAAACCAGGGAGAAGAUGUUCAGAACAAUGAAAGUUGUGUAAAUAAGACUCUAAGAGAUUUAGUUUUUGAACCAAAAUGUUCGAAGAGUGCAGAAGUUAGCAAUAAAAUUGUUAAUAGUACGAUAAGUAAAGUUACCAAAGUUAUAAGCGAGUCUUCGAAAAAAAGGUUUGAAAAAUCAAAUAUCAAUAGCUUUGACGACAUUCUGGACCAGUGUUCUCCAAUAAAAACAAUACAAAAAACAGGAAAUUCGUCAAAAGAAUCCAAAAAGGCAGAUAACUUGAAUUUCAAUGAUUUUGAUCUGGUAUUAAACGAAAUAAAUAAGAGAAAAAGCGUCGCAAGUAGUAGUGAAUCAAAUGAGAAUACAAGAAAACGCAAGAAACACACCGAAAAUAUUAUCAUUCCCGAGGAAAAGGCAAGCAAUAAUAAGAAUAAAGCAAAAAAAUCUACGAUGUUUGAAUCCGGAUUUGAUGAGUCUGCGUUUGAAGAAGAAAGUACCGAAUGGAAUACAUUAGACAGUUCCAAACGUGGUGAUACACGUAAAUUAGCAAAUAAGAAGUCUCCAAAUGAUAAGAAAAAGUAUUCUAAAGGUACUACAUCUAAAAAGGGGGAUGCAAGAAGACAAAAAGUUAACAAUGAAUCAUCUGGCUUUGAUGAGUCUAUAUUUGGAGACAAUAUUUCCGAAAGAACUUCAUCAGACAGUUCUAAACGUCCUAGUACAUUUAAAUUUUCGUCUAGAAAGUCUCCAAAUGAUAAGAAUGAGUCUUCUAAAGUUACUACAUCGAAAGAUGGUGAUGCAAGCAGACAAACAGUUGACAAUGAAGAAGAACCAGUGAAAAAAUCUUCAAACACAGUAGUGGAUGAAAAUAUUGUAGAUAGAGAGGUUCCAAAACAUUCAGAUUUGAACAAAUCUGAGUUAGGAUUCGAAGAUGGUGAUGAAACUCGACCAAAACCUAAGAAAACACCUCCCGGAAGUCUUGCAAAAUUUAAAUUUGUUCCCAAAGAGGCUAGGGUUGAUAAUAAAGCAACUACAGUCACAGAUUCUUGCAAACCUUCCGCAGAUGGGGGUAAAAAUGCACCUAUAGAAGCUAAUAUGACUCCCGUUAAAGAUUUUCCAAACAAAGCGAUAGAACCAUCACGAGAAAACCCUAAAAACAGUGUUGGUAGUGUUCAGUCUUCAAAAAAAGAUCAAACAAGUCGAAUAGAUUUCAACAAUGAAAAGAACAUUAAGAAAAAAUUGCCCAAAAGUAUUUUUGACUCAAAUGAUCCUAUAUCCUUCGAUGAUAUUCUAGAAGACAAACCCGACUCUUCUAAAAAGAAAACCUUUAAAUUUGCUCCUAAAAAACCUCGCAAUAGCAGAACACCCUUUAAAAAAGAGCCCAGUAAAAGUAUAGAAAACGAUUGGGACAUGUUGAAGUUCAUGCCUGGUGUUAAUGAUGGUUUCAACAUAGAUCUGGAUAUAGAUUGGGAUAAUAUAGGAGGUGAAAAAGGUAGUGGGUCAUUUGGGAGUAAUGCGAGCAACGGAUUGAGUGGCAAAACGAGUAGAAAUAUUUUUGAAUCUGGCGAUGAUGUUGAUUUUAAUAUUUAGGAGAGACUUGUGAUAUUUGUAUAUAAGAUAAAUGUAAUAUAGUUGUUUUGUAAUAUG